GUCACUCACUUCAGGCUUCAUCCAUGGCGUCAGACGGCCGACCUGUCCUGCCCGAUGCUGUCGACUAACAAUCCCGAUUCACAACCGCAAUACUACGCCUAUUAACAUUCAUAGACAGGGAUUAGGGAGACAACCAUGAGAAGAGGGGGUUUGACGUCAACAUUUCCUUCGCGGGCAUAUAACAUUCCUUUUCUGCUUUUCCCUAGUCUUGAGAGUAUUCCAACUGCAAUCUUAUUACUCCCAGGGAAAUAGUUACUCUGUCUCAAGCACCAAGACCAAGUACCGGCGAUAUGCCUCUCUUCCAUCGAAACUCCUUUAACAGCUCUUCUUCCUCCACCGGAUCGUACGAUGAGCCCGAACACCACAGCAAGUUCUUCGGCCAUCGCUCUUCCAACUCAUCGGCCUCGUCCAACAACAGCCGAAAGGGUAGCGUGAAUCGCCACAGAUUCCUCUCCCGGAACCAUGACGACCCGUCCAUCUCAGCUGCCAAGGACCAGGUUUUCCGUGCCGAGGCUGCAGAAAAGGAAGCCGACAAGGCGCUGGUAGCCUCUCGGCGCGCGGUCCACGAAGCCAGAGACCAUGUGAAGCGAUUGGAACGCGAGGCUGCAGAGGAGGCCCGCCUGGCCAAAAUCAAGCAGUCGCAAGCUAAGUCGAUCUCGAAGAGAGCAAAGCCUCUUGGCCGUAAGUACGAUAGCUCACUAUGUCCUAUACCCAUCACUAACCAAUAUUCCCAAGGCCAUGAUCGCCACUACUGAACAUAGCUAUCUACUAUCCUUAUGGACCUGCUCUUCCCUUCGGAUAUGUAUUACUAUUACGCGAUUCUAAAGACACCUCUGUAUUAUAACUCUCU